CAUUUCGAUACGUACCAAAUACACUUGUGUGCAACUGUAAACAGAAGUCAUUAUGGCCAACCAUGUUAAGCCAUUUGGAUAAACAGACAACUGGCUUCAUUUCCCACUUCUUUGGGAUAGUCAUUUGUGAUAUUUAUUAAGGCAUCAUGGCCGGAGAUGAUGAGAGAGUCGACGGCGAGAAAGAAGUCGAGGUGGAGAUCGAGUACACGGUGAAUGAGCGCAUGGAGGCCACUCUCUUCCAGACUCGCGUCUGUUGUGGGAUAGGAUGGAUUCCAGCCGUGGCCGGCAUCAUCAUGCUCGCCUAUGGCCUCGCGAAAAGCGAUAUCACCCUUACAUAUUGCGGCAUCUUCUUCGUUGCCACUUUUGGUGGAAUUUUUAUCAUUCCCGGCGUAAUAUGCGGCUGCUGCUACCUCUCGCUUCGUGCACAGGUCCAUGAAGGAAAGGUGUCGCCUUACCCGGAGAAGCUAGCUUUGCCAUGACAGAGAGCUACACCACCAAAGACAUUUGUAAAUAGCGAUAUAAACGGAGAAAGUAGCAGUGACAGAGAAAGAUUGCAGUUACUUCGUAUGAUCCAUGUUCAUAGAGAUAAUUAUAGUGAGGACCAGUGGGCUCCCGUAGUUUAAUCAAGAUGCAUCCGGAUAGAUUAAAACUACCUCGAUCGAUAGUUUUUUUAAUCCAGAUGGGACCUCAUUCGGAUUCAAUCGGAUCGCAUGUGACUUUUUUCCUGUCGUCUAAACGGCCCUAUUAUGUAGGCCUAACAAAAACAAAUGCAGUACUAUUAACAAUAAUCGAUGAUUCAAGAUGGUCACAACACAACACAAAGAGACGAUUUAUGCCAAGAACAUGUCACAUGCAGUCCAACCGCAAUACCCGUGUGUUAGGCGUCCGAUAGAGUACAUCAAGUAAUACAUGGCCACACACUCCCGAGUAAGAAAUGCAAAUCAAAGUCUAGUGACCCCCGGCCGAGUCCUCCAACGGUUACUGUCCAUGGAUCCAUAAACUUGCAAGCAACCUCACAACUCUGACAACCAUAUAAUUUAUUCUCACAUCGACUCCGAACAAACGCCCAACUACAAAGGCGUUACACAACAGGGUGUAACUUGAAUACUAUAACAAUUAUGAGUUGUUUGAACGGCAUUCAGGCGAAUAUAAUACAUUGAAUGCUUCGGUUACAAAUAAAAACAAUUGACUUGACAUUCCCAAAGCUUAUGACAGCUCGGUACCAACCAUUAGUCAACCAUCAUUAUAAUAGCCUUUGUUUUCUACCUGUAUGGGACACUUGUAAUAUGACGACAAUUGCCGAAAGCACGUGAAGCAGAUCUUACAGGAGUAACACUAACGGCAUAAUUUACUCAGUCUCCUCCGCCUCAACCAUCCAUAUCUGCGGUGAAAUGAGAAAGAAUGGUGCGACCGCAUUUCGCAUUGUCUCUCAGUAGCUGAAAUCUCCCAGAAUGAGAUAUCGCAUCCUCGCCUGGCUUUCCUUGUACACCAAGUAUUCACUCUGCCCAAAGCUGCUAUUGUUGACAUAUUUGUCUUGUUUGACUGGCUCACCUUGUGGAACAACUAUUUUCUUUCCAUCCUUGACCAAGUCCUUAUCCUUUGCUGGAUCUGCAACCAAGAACAUCGUUGAUGUACGUAUUAGGUUAGGUUUAUAAAUAUUUUCAAAUAGUCCCAUACUCGUGUCUUUCAGCUAUCGAAAUAGUCCAUAAACAAGCUCUCGCAUCCUCACUGUCUCCUGUUCAAUAUAUGAAGUUUUCUCCUAUACGGAAUGAAGGCUGCAGUGCCGUUUUUACCAGUUCCCACUGUGCACCGUAUCAUUAAAUUGCAGCUACACACCAUGCGCUACAUCAAAUGGGCAAUUAUUUGUUCCCCAGCCAAUAUCGACAAAGGAAAGGGGAACAGCCUUUUGAAAUUUUCAAACUCUAAGUUGAUAUCUCACCUGGCUCUGUCCAACCUUUUGCGAUGACACUAUCCUUGCCGCUGGGAGGCUCAGUCAAGGAAGAAUUGUCACGUGUGAUGUGCUGCUCGUUACCAAGGGCAACCUCAGUUAAAAACAUGAUGCCCUUUUUAUCAGUCGUUGUCCGCACUGAAGUAGAAAUGAUCAUCAAAAUUUAAGGAAUAAAAAGAUUUUUGCA